AUGGCCAAUUCAAAGCUCGAUAAGGUGAAGGUGUCCCCUUUUACUGAUGCUAUUCUAGCAGAGCAUCCUCCUGCCCGGUUUACCAUGCCAAAAAUCAAUCCGUACGAAGCAAAGGAGGAUGCAGUGUUGUUCAUCACCCGUUUUCGCCAGUUUAUGUCUCUGCACAAUUUCUCGGAUGCCAUCAUGUGUAAGAUCUUCCCUCUCGCCCUUACUCAGCCAAUUAUGGUGUGGUAUAAUCAGUUAAAACCACGAUCCAUUAAAUGCUUUGACGAACUGGAGCUUGAAUUCACCAAACGGUUCGUAACGAGCAGCAUACAACCAAAGACACUCUCAAUGCUCGUCAACAUGCGUAGAAAACUGGCAGAAACUUUGCACAUGUAUACCGAGCAAUAUUGGGAAGUUUGUAAUCUGAUUCCAGAUUGUAACCAGGCCGUAGCAGCGAAAUCCUUCAUGAACAGGUUAGAUCCAUCAUCCCCAAUGUUUCGCGACCUCUCCCGGAAUCCGCCGAGGAACAUGAGUGAGCUCAUGACUAUCAUCGAAAAAUACUGCAUGCAUGAGGAGGCAGUUGCGAGCAUGCUAAAUCGAAGACCUUCGACCCCACGAAGCUAUUCGUUGAUAACUCGGCUAUCAAGAAAUAGGUGGCUAAUGUCAAAAGCGGUGUGCAGGGUAGCGCUGUCAAUAAGCCUUUACCGAUUCCACAACCGCCGCAACCGCGACAAGCUCCACAAUAACAAUUCCGGUCACAAGCACGUCGGGAGCCACGGCCAGACGAGCAUACUGCCGAGACUACAGUCUUUGUGUGGACCAUUCAAACGCUACCUUGAGGAACUUACUGCUGCAGGACACUUAAAUCAAUGGAUUGACACUCGUCACACUCCGCUUCCACCUCUGCCUCCGGAGGGAGAAAGGACCGUUGGCAUUAUACAUGGGUUUGUUUCCCCAACAGAAGCCACCGAGCUACGCGCCAAGAUUGACAAAGCUAUAGCCGAACGAGUGGUAUGCUCCAUCAAUGCUUCGACAAAAAGAAAGUACAAAGAUCCGAAUGAUGAUUGGGUCCUGACCUUCACCAAAGCGAACUUUCAUGGCUUACGAUCACCCCAUACGGAUGCCUUGGUUGUUACUGUUUCAAUCGAUAGGUCUACCGUUCAGCGUGUAUUGAUCGAUCAAGGCAGUUCAGCUGAGGUGAUGUUUUAUUCCACCUACAAAAGUUUGGGGCUUGAGGCGUAUCAAUUGCAACCCGCUACAUCACCGCUCGUCAGUUUUACCGGCACUCCAGUUUGGCCUCUCGGAUUAAUCACCUUAUCCAUUCGCGCUGGUUCCUGA